AAAAAUGGAUUUUACAAAUUUUGUUGUGCGAACUUGUCCACCUACUAUUACGUAUAUUCCAAACUUUAUAACGUCUGAAGAGGAACAGCAUAUAAUGCGACAAGUGGAGCAUGCACCAAAACCUAAGUGGACGCAAUUACUUAAUCGUCGCUUGAUUAACUACGGAGGGGUGCCCCAUUCCAAAGGCAUGGUAGCUGAGGAAAUACCUCAAUGGCUGCAAACGUACGUUGAUAAAAUCAAUAAUUUUGGUAUCUUUGAAACAGAAAAAGCAAAUCAUGUGCUGGUCAAUGAAUAUUUGCCUGGGCAAGGUAUAAUGGCGCACACUGAUGGCCCACUAUUUUACCCCACCGUAUCAACAAUAUCAUGUGGCUCACAUACUGUACUUGAAUUUACUGAACGUGAAAAAACACCAACUUCCAGAGAUUGCAGUAAUAUGACAGAAAAUGAAAAAUUUGUACAGCUUAAUGAUAUGGAGAGUGAUGAAGAAAAAAGCUGUUACAAGAGAAGUGUAUGCUUUAAAUUAUUGCUAGAACCACGCAGUUUACUCAUACUAAAGGAUCUUUUAUAUACAGACUAUUUACAUGCUAUAAGUGAAUCAACACAAGACGUGUUGUGUGAUCGCAUACGCAAUUAUGAAAACUGCGAAACAGUCUAUAAAAUGGGUGAUUGUCUUCAACGUGGUAAACGUAUAUCGCUGACCAUACGUAAUGUACCAAAAACUACAAAAAUGAAAUUAAAAUUUUGUUAAUACGCAUAAGAUAGACUGAAGCUCUUUUGCUUUAAAGAUAUUAAACGUUUUUAGCUAGCAUUUAAACUUUUUGAACGAUAAACAAAUUGAAACUAUAUCUUCCACCAUUACCACCAAACAGGAGCACUACGCAUUUUUUGUCAAAUAUAUGCACAAUAUAAAACUAGCUAUAAAUUUUGUUAAGCAUUUACUUCAGCACUCCAGUUUUUUCUAAAUAAAUGUGUAUGCUAUAAAAUUAUAAAAAUAUACAACGUGCACUUUACAGGCGUUUAGUGCAUAAAAAGCAUAUUAGCGUGCUGUUCGGAGGUAUUCCAAGCGCGGCCGGUUCUACCUAUCGAUAUUCGACUUUUGGUUAUCACAAAAACAACGUCUGGGACCAUGAC